AUGCUCUCUAGAAGACUGUUCUCCACAUCGACUGCCAAAUUGGCUCGGGCUGAAGUCACCAAGCUUUCUAAUGGCCUCACUAUUAUCACCAAGCCUACCAACUCUAAGCUCUCUUCCAUUGGUGUCUACUUGAACUCUGGCUCUAGAGCAGAAAACCCUUACAACUCCGGUGUUUCGACUUUGACUGGUAAUGUGCUCAAAAACUCUUCCAUUGCUAGGAAGGCCUUACUCUCUUCGGGCAUUAAGGUGUCUUCCACCAACGAUAAGGAGCUUUCUGGUAUUGCCGUUGCUUCUUUCGUUCCCGGUAAUUUUAAAGAUGCAUCUUCAACUCUUGAAACUCUUUUGAAAGAUUCUUCUAAGUUGGUUGCUGAUGAAUUCACCGUCAAGGAGGAAGCUGCUAAAACUGCUGCUCUUGCCGAUGAGUUUGAAGAGGUUCCUGACAAGAUGGUCGUUGAACAUAUGACUGCUACCGCUUUCCAAGGUACCACUUUGGCUUUACCAACUUUUGGCAAAGCUGAGACUUUGUCUACCCUUCAGGCUGUUGAUUUGCAGGACUUUUUAGGCAAAAAUCUUCUUUCUUCCAAUGUCGCAUUGGUUGGAUAUGGUUCUGAUAUCGAUCAUGAUGCACUCGUCAAGGUGGCUUCCAAGCUAGCCAUUCCAUCAGGUGCAAGACUUGCCUUUUCUCCAACUUCGUUUCUUGGUUCUGAUGUUAGAAUGAGAGACGACAAUAUGCCAAAGGCUUAUGUUGCCAUCUCUGCCAAGAUUCCUGGUGCUCGUUCUGAACACGACUUUUACACUGGACUUGUUGCUGCCCACAUCAAUGGUCAAUUUCUUGGUGCAGACUCCCUUUACACAUCUUUCGAGGGAUCCAAAUUGUCCCAGUUGGUAGCCAGUAAUGGCUUGGGUGAUUACUACAACCACUUUCAGUUGGCUUACUCUGACAUUGGCCUCUGGGGUGUUUAUAUGUCUUCCCCAGCAAUCAGCUACCUUGAUGAAUAUGUCCAUUUCGUUUUAAAGAGCUGGAACAGAUUCUCUGCUGGUACUGUCACCGAUGCCGAGUUGCAGAAGGGUAAACAGGAGCUGAAGCUUGCCCUUACCGGUAGUAACGCUUCGGCUGCUGAACAGACUAAGGCUCUUGCCUUGGAAUACUUUGCCAGAGGUUUCUUACCUUCCGAUGAGGAGAUUCUUCAGUCCAUUGAUACUGUUUCCCACAAGGACUUGGUCAACUGGGCCCAGAAAUACUUGUACGACCAGGAUAUUGCUCUUGCUGCUUCUGGCCAGAUUGAAGACGUCUUUGACUACGGCAGAAUUAGAAACGACAUGUCUAUGAUGAGAUGGUGA